CUGUCAGUUGCGGUGUGGAGCAGGCGCUGUUUCUCGCUCUUCGCCUCCAGCCAUGGCCGCGCUGCCUGGCGCCGCAGCCCAUGGGCUGCUCCUUAUCCCUGGCAAACCGGCCGAGUCCCCCGCGGCCGGUCGGCGUCUUUCUGUUGUCCUGCCAGCAGGAGCUACCGCUCCGGGCCUGGAAGCCCCGCCGCCGGCCCGCAAGCGACAGCGGCUGACCCACCUGAGCCCGGAGGAGAAGGCGCUGCGCAGGAAGCUGAAAAACCGCGUGGCAGCGCAGAGCGCGCGGGACAGGAAGAAGGCGCGGAUGGCGGAGCUGGAGCAGCAGGUCGGUGAGCUGGAGCAGGAGAACCAGAAGCUGCUGCUGGAAAACCGGCUCCUGCGCGAGAAGACGUGUAGCCUUACGCUGGAGAACCAGGAGCUGCGCUGCCGCCUGGGCUUGGAUGCUCUGAAGGCAGAGAAGGAGAGAGAGUCCGAGGUUGUGAAGGAAUCACAGGUGGAUGAGAUUAGAUUGGUGACCGGGUCCGCUGAGCGCAGCACUCAGACUAUGUGUUCCUCUGCAGCAGGUGCAGGCCCAGCAGUCACCAUUUCUGAUAAUUUCCACAUGGAUUCUGAUGGCAGUGACUCUUCAGACUCAGAGUCUGAUCUCCUAUUGGGCUUUCUGGACAGUCUGGACCCAGAGAUGUUUCUUAAAUAUGCUGAUUCAGAGUCAACAUGCCUGGAAAAGCUGGAGGAAGAGAUCUGUGGAGAAACAAAUUCCAUACCAGCCUCCCCCUCUCCCUCUUUGGGGUCCCCAUCAGCUAAGCUGGAGGCCAUUAAUGAACUCAUAAGGUUUGAUCAUGUGUACACCAAGCCCCUGAUACUAGAGAUUCCUGUUAAAAUGGGCGACCAAACCAAUAUGCUUGUGAAAAUUGAGGAAGUAUCUCUCUCUCCAUCUGAAGACAAAGCUAUCCCCAAGGUCCCAGUGUCUGUGAAAGAGGAACCGGUAGAUAGCUUCAUGCCUGAACUGGGCAUCUCUCACCUGCUUUCCUCUCAUCAUAGCCUUGCAGCCUCAAGCUCUCUCUUGGAUGCCUGUAGUGACUCCGGAUAUGAAGGAUCCCUGUCGCCCUUCAGUGACAUGUCCUCUCCACUUGACAAUGACCAAGCUUGGGAGGAUAGCUUUGCUAAUGAACUCUUUCCCCAACUGAUCAGUGUCUAACCCAGUAGUGUUAACUCCCCUUGGAUAAACAGGAUAACAGAAUAUGCCCCUUUGGGGUGGAGGAUGGAAAUCCAGUGUAUUUGGGGAAAUGUUGUUCAUUUCUACCUGUGCUAGUAAAUGGAGUGAUGGCCAAUGCAUUUCCCCUGGUAUCAAAAGCCCAGGGUGCCCUGUCUUCCCCCCCAUUACUGUUGGCUUAUGAGGGAGGAAAGGUGGUUUCUCAAGAACUUGCUAAUUCUAUAUGAACCUGAAAAAGUUUGGUUUCCAUUUAAAGUAAUUUUAACCCCUAAAACUGCAGUGGGAUAUUCAUGUAGCUGGGUUGAAACUAGUCUGUACAUCUUACAGAUUUACUAUGUAAAUACUCAUUUUACAUUUGCUAUGUAGAGUUGCUUUCUCCAUUUAAUAUUUAACUAUUGGUGCAAUUAAAGUGCAGUGCAGCUCACUACCCUUUUUUGCCUUGGAUCUCAGUGGGGAGGGGAGAGUAUGUGGGCCUUGCAGAAUUUGAAACUUUAGCAGAUCAGGUCUCAGUGCGUCGUCAUUAAAUCACCUUACUUGCACCUAUCCAGCAGCACUUCUGUGGUGUACAGAAGUGCUGCUGGCAGCUUCUUUCUGAGAGCGCUUGAUGUUGCAAGCUUUCAUCCAGACAGAUGGGUUUGUAUGAUGGCAGGAGCUGCUAGAGUAGAAUCUGCAGCCUGAAUAGGGAAUGCAGGUGGCAGUAGCCUGAUGUCUGAAUGGAAUUAUUGUAGUAUCUUUCUGGUAAAGCCAUUCAAAAUGCUCAGUCUUAGUCAAGGUGGGUGCAUUUCAAGUGGUGUCCAGUGUUGGUGAAGCUGUGUGACAUACAUGGGAUGAAAAAAGGUGAAGAUUGUGUUCCA